AUGGAGUUCACGUUCGGUGGCUUCAGCGACCCGGUGUUGUCGGCUGCGUUGCUGAUGGACCUGCCCAACAAGCUAGAGUGGCACAUGAACGCACCGACGUGGGCCUACGUGCGCGACCGCCGGGCCAUGGCCAACACGCCCAUGGACAUCAAGGAGCUCCCAUCCGGGGCGAUCGUCCUGGCCAUCGACAUGCCCGGGGUCAGCCCCGCUGACGUUAAGGUCUAG